CGUCGACAGCUAUAAUAUUACGCGGGACUACCAUCACUCUCAUCGUCGACGUUCAUCCGCGCAGUAUACAAUCACAGCGCCACUACGAGCGUUGUCGUCCUCUUCGUCGUCGUUACUACCUAUCGGUGUUCGAAAAUUCGUUGUAUACCUGGGUUUUAAUUCCUCCGUUCAUUAUCGUUUCAUAUAUGUAUACGUAUACCUAGUUUUCCAUUACGGAAUUUUAGCGUUGUUGCCGUUAUAUAUUAUAAUAAUACAAUACAUAGUUUUCCCGGAUAUUAGAUUUCCAGUAGACGACGAAUAAUAUUGAGGUACUGAGACGAUAGGUCGAGAGAGCGUCUAAUAAAUCGGCGUGGUACCACGUGCAUUUACGUGGAGACCCAGUCGUAUAUUUUUUGACCAGAAGAUAGUUCUGCGGCCGUAAUUAGCCGACAGUCAACCGCCAGAGCCGCAACGAUGACCAACCCGCCAGCCACUGUUAUCAAGUAAAUAUAAUAAUAUAUCGUCGUAGUUUUAUAACUUAAGUUCCAUUAGUCGUUUCAGUUAUAGUGUAAUAAUAUUACAUAUUAGACCGAAAUUUUAAGUGACCGUUUUUAUUUUUUCUCGCAUUCCGAGUACAAAAAUCGAUUCAUGUAGCAUAAUAAUAUAUAAAAAAGGACUGCGAGGAAACCGAUUAUAAUCAAUAUGCAAAUUUUCACAAUGAUCACUUUUUCCCGUUUCCGCUUGGACUGUAUCUUUCUUUAUCGCCAUAGGUAUUUUGGUUCUACAAUGAUGUUUAUUAUUAAUUUUUUAUCUGUGAUCAACUUUUCUACCAGAAAUCUUGCCCCAAUUUUCAAGUAAAACACUUUUUUCUGACAUUUUCUGGGGUGGUAUUUUAGGGAAGCCAUUUUUUGAUUUUCCUAGGGGUUUUCAUAAUAAAUGGGAAAAACCGAGAAAAUUGAAGGAAAAACGGUAAAAUUUACGAAAUGUAAUAUUUUCAAAUCAGAAAAUAUUACGGUCUUUCAAAACAUGUAUAAUCGAACUCCACACAGAUUCGUUUUUCAUUAGCAGUCGCUGCGUACAGACGUAUAUUAAACUUACUUUCUAACCUUCUUAACUUCUAAUCUACAACAGUGACCCAUCUUGCGAAGUAUGUCCGUUUGUUUUUAAAACCUCAGUGUAUACCCUGGAUCUUUUUUUCCUUAAGGUGACACUAUACCCGUAUUUACUGUUUCAGUCUAACUAAAGAGUCAAAGUAUUGUGAAAUCAAAAUUGAAAAAAAAACUUCAAAUUUCAAAAAUUAACACUCACAUUAAAAAAAAAUACAUGUUUAUACUUUACAUUUUUUUCUCAUUUGUAACAACCAAAACAUAAUAAAUAAUUAAAUAUAUCACUGUACCUAUAUUAAGACGUACUUAAAAUAAAAUAGAAUGUCUAUAACUUAAAAGUAAUCGUUAAAAUGUUUGACCCGCCAAGAAUUAUUGUUCUUUUUUAUGACCCUCUGUAAAAAAAGGUUGGUCACUACUGGUUUAGAAUAGUAGUAGUAUAGAAAGAAAGUACGUACAAUAUAGUACGUGUAAUAUUAUAUUUGAAAAUAAGGUAUCUAUAAAACCUAAUUUACCUAUCAUAACAAGUCGGUUUUGUAUUAUCGUUCAUUUGUCCCGCAUGAUUACCUACAUAUAAUUAUUAUUUUAAUCACGAUUGUAUUUAUAAACGAAUAAUUCCAUCAAAUUAUACAAUUUUAAAUGUACCGGGAAUUAGAUAUAUACAUAAUAAACGUAUUUUUUGGAAUACAAUUAUAGAUAUAGUACCUGGGUACAUAUCUGCGAAUAGUACCUAUCCGUGUGAGCCAAAAAUUAUUAUUAAAGAAGUUGAUAUUGUUCACAAGUAGGGUAAUGUUGUAGAUGGGUAGUUGGAAAGGUAGGAUUUACAGGGUAAUUUAGUUAAUAUAUUGCAUUCAACGAUAAAUCAUUGGAAAUGAAAAAAACGAUUCUGAAUGGAAUAUUAUAUUAGUUUUUUACACCGUUGUCAAGAGUAAUUUAGUUAAUGUGCAACGGUAAAUCAUUGAAAAUGAAAAAACGAUUCUGAAUAGAGAAGUUUAUUAGUUUUUUAUUCCGUUGUACAGGUCACCAAAAAAUAAAUAAAAUAAAACCUAUAUAUUGACAUUUGUUGUUAAUUUUUUUAAAUUUUAUAGAAAAACUUCUAGAAUUUUUAAAAAGAAAUACUAUCAGUUAUCAAAUUCACAUUGAUUCAUAUGAUGAAAAUAUUUGGAACCUUAUUCUAACUAAUUGAAAAAGUGUUUUUUCCAGAAAAUAAAAUCGAAAAAGUCCUAGGUUAUGAAUUGUCGAAAAUGGUUCUAAAUAUUUUAAAUGAAAUACGAUCGAGCAAAAAUUUCGCAUUUUUUGAGAAAAAAUCUGAAUAUUUUUAAUAUCUGAAAAAGUGUUUUCUGUGGAAAGAAAACAAUAUCAUAUAAAGCGCAUUAAAUUUAAAAUUAACAAUAAAAAAAAUACAUACGAUCUGUUUUACCACGUGUUUCUUUAUUUUAGGAAAUAUUAUUUUAUCGACUUUUGAUUUUGGCCAAUAUUUUAUAAUUAACGAAAAUGCCAAAUAAAUCUCGCCGGAAACCACGGGCAAUGUUUAUUUUUAAGUAUACGUACGAUUGGUCUAUUAGGUCUAUUAAUGAAUAAUAAUAAAUAAUAAAUGAAAUAAUAAAUGCAAAUUCACUUUAUAAGUAUGCGUGCAUAAUUGAUUUACGAUAGUAAUUCUCGAUUUAUCAGGACGACGAAUCUACUAUUCAUAAUAAUUCGUCUUGUUGAAUUGUUAACAUAGCAUUCUAGUAAUUUUUAGUAAUACUCGAUAAACUACGACCACAUUCGGAAGUUAGUGACCUUCUGAAAUUAUAAAUUUCAUCUCUUACAACGAUAUUUUAUUAUGAGCCAUUAUAGAGAGUUAAACGUUUACUUACCCUUUAUUAUACUUCAAUAUAAAUAGUCGCUUAGAUGGACUUCUUUUUUUUUUUUUAUCCAGUCGGCCAAAAUAACCAAGGUGGUGCCUUAGCGACUCUGCUGGGCAAUCGAAAACAAAGUACAUCUUAACUUUUUUAGUUAGGUUAGGUUAGGAGUGGAGCGAGGGAUCUAUCGGCUUUACUAUAGUGUCUUUCUUAUUUUUGUGUCUGUUUAAUUAUUUAAAAUUUGUACGGUUUAAUUUUUCUACUAGGAAUAUUGUUCCAAUCGAAAAACAAUUGGUUAGUAAACAAGUCGUUUUUUUAUUUUAUUUGUAGGUUUUUUAACAAUUGAGUAUAACCGAAAAAAAAACCCGUAGAAUGAUCUGAAAAAGAUUACGGAAAUAUAAAUUGUAUUAUUUUCAAUUUUGUUUUUUUGUUAUAAUUCAGUGUAAUUCAGUUAAGAAAUUUCUUAGACUUUAAAAGAAAACUUUUACGGAUCAAAAUUUUAAAAAUAUUUUAUGUUUAUAUAUUUAAACCCGGCUAACCUACAUUUUAAUGUCGUGUGUACAGUAUUUUUUUAACAGGAACAAAAUUAAAAUACUAUGUUUUGAUAUACGAGUAUAAUACGCUAAUACAUUUGUAAUGUACGCUGAAUUUUUGUUAUAAAAACGACUUUGGCGGACAGCGAUGGUGCUAAACUACUUGUAAAGUAUUAAGUUAUUAUAUAAUAAAUCUCAAAGAAACGUGAAAUUCUGGAGUUAUCAAGAAUUUCACCAAAAGUAAAUAUAAUGUUUUCAGAAAAAAACCGGAAUUUAAUAUAAAUAUUAUAUUAUAAACAGUAUUGAACGAACAAAAAAAUGUAACAAAAUAAAAAAAUUCCCCGUGACUCAUUGUUUUCAAAAUUAACCUAAUCUAACCUAACCACAUCCAUAUCACUGUAUUUAAUAAUUAUUAACUAUACAUUUUGGAUUCUAAGUGUAGCAAAGAAUAUAUUGAUUUUACAAAGAUGUUUAUUAUUUUUAUUUUUUUAUCCUGUGUAUACAAAUUCUAACAGAAAUCGUGCUCAUAUAUAUACGCGUGGCAUCACCAUUUCUGAAAGAGAAUGUUGUCUAGAUAAUACUUUUAGGAGGUCAUUUUUUGAUUUUCCAAGCGGUUUUCAUAAUAAUUGGGAAAAACUGGGAUAAAAUGUUAGAUAAACGGAAAAUGAAAUUUAAGUAUUACUAAAAAAAUAUUAUGACCUUAAUUUGUUUUUGUACAACUUUUCUAUUAGCAAUUUCACACCGAUUUACAAUGAUAGCAAUUUUUCUGAAAUAAAAUCCGACUGAGCAGGUACUUUUAGGAGGUCAUUUUUCUAUAUUUCCUAAGAGUUUUCCUAGUAAAUAUGAAAAACCGAAAAAACGUGUUAAAAUCAAAAAAAAUCGGUACAAUAUUAAACGAAUAUUAUUAAAGAAAAUAUAUAAUGCCUAUUUAAUUAUUUUACCAUAAUACCACAAUUCUUUAUAAUGGUCGUUAAAAAACUCUGUGUAUGAUGAUAAUAUAUAAUAUUAUUGUAACGAUUUUGCGAUACAUCUAAAGUAAUAAAAACAUCUAAAUGUAUUACCGAUAUUUCAAAAGUGCGUUUCAUGAAAAAGUUAAUUCCACAUGAUGGAAUUACCUGUAAAAAUUUCACAUUUUUUUCUAAGAAAAAAAUUUAUUUUGGUUAAUAUUAUAUUAUUUUAUUUACGGAUAUACUCCAUAUAUAGGUACUCUGAUAAAUAACUCUGCGAUAACUGAGUAAACCUUUUUUUUCCAAACGAACUUCGUCGAGAUUUUUUUUUUUAUAUCGUAUGAGAAUUUAAUAAUAUUUACAUUAAAUUUAUUUACUAUAAAUAUUACUCGCCGGUCGUACAACUGCACCGCGUAUAAAUGGAAACAUUAUCAUAAUAUGUUUAAGACUCGUUAUUGCUGCUAAAAAGACAUGACCUUAAACUUGCGAAUUUGCCAAUAAUAUGCUACGAAAUGUAUGGAUAAAUAAUAUAAAUAACCGGUUAGGUAUUCUCACGCUGAGAACGUAUUUAUUUAUUGGUUAGACAUUGUACUUAUAUUAUUAUUAUACCCACGAGAUUAGAUUAGAUCUAAUAAUAGUAUUCAGUGGCUCAGUCAGUAAAAGGGUUGGAUGUUGUAAUACUCCCACUGGUUUUUUUUAUAGAUAAGGUUAAGAAAAGUGUAGACCCCUAAACCUCCUUAGACCCCCUAAACCCUUUCCAUUGUUAAAUCUUGACUACGCCACUGAUAGUAUUAUUAUAAAAUAUUGUCAUUGGAUCUGUUAAAAAAAAUUUGAGCUACACGGUCUGCACACGAUAACAGGGCCCGAUGUACAAUAUAGUUGUUGUUUUACAUUGAAACCUGAAUCAAUAAUAUACAGAAUUUUUUUUUUCAAUGACGAUUUGUGAAUUUUUUUUUAAAUUCGAUUUAUAUGCGUUUUCUUCAAUCGUUAGUGUAUUGGACCGUAGGCCUUUUGAAAGUCUACUUCAAUCUGUCUACAAAACAAGUGUAAUUCCUGACUUUAAGCUCAUUUUCUAUUUUAGAAGAAAUAGCUAAAUGUCCAAAAAUAGCGGAAAAAGAUAAAUAUAAUAUACGAGGUAUGGCUAUUAAAUAACGAGACUGGUUACGAAAAAGUGUUUUAUUAUAAAAGUUAUUCUAAAUUCAAAUGCUCCCCUUCAAUAUACUCCCCUCCCCUCACCACCACCGUUUCAUUCGUUUCUUCCAUUGCUAGAGGCAGUGCUGGAAGUCUGUUUUCGUAAGACCAUUCAGGAGUUCCGCCGAUUUUUGUUUCACCUCUUCCAUCGACUCAAACCGGAUUCCUUUUAAGGCAGACUUUAUCUUCGGAAACAAGUAAAAGUCGCAGGGUGCCAAGUCGGGUGAGUAAGACACGUGUUCGAGUACUGGAGUGCCUUAAGAGGCCAAAUAACGCUUCACAGACAGCGCGUUAUGGGCAGGUGCGUUAUCCUGAUGCAAGAUCCAUGACUUGUUUUUCCACAAUAUCGACCGUUUCUUACGAACUCAUUCGCGCUAUGUUGCCAAAACUGUCAAAUAGUAAUGUUGGUUCACAGUUUGACCCUCUGGAACCCAUUCAGUCAUCACGAUGCCGUUGAUAUCGAAGAAAACGAUCAGCAUGGUUUUGAAUUUGGAUUACGACUGAAUUGGAUUCCGGUGCACUCUCGACCUUCAGAAAAUAAUUUAUGCCACUCAAAAANAUAGGAAAUCCUCACUAUAGGCCUCUUUUAACAACUUAUAGCACUCAGUUGGAGUUUGUUUUAGUUAAACGAGAAAAUUUUACGUUUAUCCGUUGCUCAUGUUUUUCGUCACACAUUUGGCACGAGAAAAAAACACGUUCGUUUCAAACCACUACUGCACAAAUACUAUAAUAGUGACGAAAACGUGUUUUGGUACGUGCAAAGAUAAGAUAUCUAGAUACCCAACGCAUUACUUGUUUUUUUCACUACUCAUCUAGGACGCCUUCUAGGCGAGCAGUCUCGUUAUUUAAUAGCCACACCUCGUAGAUACUAUAAGCAAUAAUAUGCAUAGGUAUGAACUACGGUAUAGAUAAAAAAGUUAUAUUUUGCUGAAAAAAUACAAUACAGAAACUAAACAGUGAAUUAGUCUCUAUAUUUGGGUAAAAUUCUACAAAAAAUUAUACCGUAUUAUAUAUUAUCGGUGAACGAGAUAAGAUAAAAAUCUAUCAUUAUUAUUUUAUUAUAAUAUCGAGACAUUAUAAUAACAUGAUGUGUACUACUUAUCUAUGUAUUAUUAUAUUACUAUAUUAUAUCAGCGGAAUUACACGUCGUUACAUUGUUUGUGCAGACUUGGGUUUAUACAUAAAAAAAAUAUAAUAUAAUAUAUUUACAUAACGACAACGGCAUGUGCGAGAUCCGAUAAUCGGUUUUUUUUUUCAUGCAUACAAUAAACGAUUAUAUCGAUUUAUUUUUUAUUUUUUGAAAGAUUUAAUUUACAAUAAAAAUAAACGUUUAAGAGCACAAGUUGAAGGAUUGAUAUUCCUGCCGGGCGAGAGUUUUAGAGAGUAGCUGUCGUUUUUUUAUUAUAUUUAUUUUAUAGUAAUAUUAUUAAAAAAAUUAUAACAAAAAAAAAAAAAUAUAUAUAUAUAUAUAUAUAUUUAUACACUAGUAUGUAUAUUAUUAUAUCGCAUCGAACGGUUAGUCGUGUGUAGGCUCAUCGUAAUUUAUUUUUCUUCAAUGCAUGGAAGAGAAAGUGAAUGGCACGUAUAGUUCGCUUUGAACGCACAUCGCUUCCAUGUGUAAUAAUAAUAGAUAAUAUUAGAAUUAUUAUUAAAUAAAUACAAUGGGAGUCAUUAUAUGUAUUAUUCGCAUACAUAGUGUAUACAUAGAAGAUAUAGUUAACCGUAUUAUAUUAUAAUAUUUAAAAAGUAAAACGUCAAAUCAAAUUAUAGUUAGGAAAUCUAAAUGUAACAAAAUUCAAAUUAGUUUUAUUUAUUUGACAUCGCCUAGUCUUCGAUAUACUCGUAUUUGUGUAUAUCAUUGAUGUGAAGUUAAAAUUUUCUUUAUUUUAAUUUUAUGAUGCACUAUAUUUUCUACCAGAAAUAUUGUUCCAAACGAAAAACAAUAUGUGACCUUUUUUUAUUUUAAUUUAGAUCUAGUUGGUUAAUAAGGAAGUCAUUUUUUAUUUAUGGGUAGAUUUUUUAACAAUUGAGCAAACCCCAGAAAAUACGUAGAAAGAACGGGAAAAAUUACGGAAUAAUAGUUUUAUUAUUUUAAAUUUUGAUUUUUAGUUGUAAUUCUGUUAAAAAUAUGUAGAGACUUUAAAUGAUGAUCGAAUACUUAUAUUGACGAUUUUUGAGCUAUUUAUGGACAUUUUAUGUUUGCAAAAUUUGUACGUAGUUUUUUUUUUGGUAGGUAUUCUAUGUGAAUAUAAUUGUUUGAUAAAAUUAAAAUGCUUGAAAUUUAACAAAAGGUUCAUUAUAAGAGACGUGCCUCCCGUUUAUUUGUUUAUUUGUUAUUUCGGUGUACUUUAUUGUUCAACAAAAUAUAGUAACGUAUAUAAAAAUGAUUAGUCCCCCUUAAAAAAAAAAAAAAAAUAGUUACGGUACUGCAUAGUAUAAUGUAAUGACCCAAUACAAUAAUAAUACAAAUUAUGCAAAUAAACAUUACAAAUUAUAUGUGUUUGGCUUUGAUUAAUAUUUCUGUUUUUUUAUAAAUGAUGAUAAGUAAACGAUUGGUAUUGUUUAAUGUGUGAAUCGUUGCGGACUGCGUUCAACUCGUUGAUUUUUGACAAAAUACGACCGCAGUUGAAAUAAUAAAUUGAUUGACAUAUUGCAUAGUGCUAGUGUAAUAAUUUACUAUAUACCUAUCUAUGGGAAGGUAUAGAAAACGAUUUUUUUUCUCGUGACGUUAAUCAAUUAUUGAAUAAAUACCGAUUAAUAACGAAUCAUAAUAAAUUAAAGUAAUGCCUACGACGAUGGGAUUCAGUUUUUAUUUUUUACAUACUUUUCGACAGUCUCCAAAAAUAUUAGGUCAUAACGGCAUACUCGAAAAGUUCAACGGAACACUACGCAAACUGCAGAUUUCUGGAUUAUAGUAAAACUCGUUCUAAGAUGAUAUAUUAUAAUUAAGAGAAUAUAAAUCGAACCAAUAACCUUAAAGUAUAAGUUUUCACUACGUAGUGGUUUAAAAUCGAAAAAAUUGGUCAUAAUUAAUAGUUCUUAAAUUUUUCCCAAAAAAAAUGUCGAAUCAUAAGUUUAAUGACACAGAACUCAAAUUUGUUAUCAGUUUUAAUAUUCAUUCCUUAUUUAACUACACUACAUAGUAUACCUCAUCUAUUAUUUAUGGGUCUCUCGUAUAUAAUUUAAUAAACUGCAUGGGUCCACGUAAAAACCUGGAAUUUAAAAAACUUAGAUGGUACAAAAUUGGAGGUAUAAAUUUGGAACAUAAUAUUUAAAAUAAGUGCUGAUAUUCGAUCAAAACUAACGAAAAAACAAUUAAGUGCGAAAUUCAGCAAUAUAUAUUUUGAAAUGCCAUAAAGUUUAUGAUUUCCGUCAACUUCGGUUUUUUAAUGAAUAAUACAACAUAUACAGUGUUAUUUUUUUUUAACAUGAAUCAAAAAUUAUCUCAGAGGAUUUUAAGUGAAUUUGAUUUCUGUUUUUUAUAAUCAUUAUAGCAUCGUUUAAGAUUUAUUUUAAAAUUAUUUUUAAUUGUUUACCUCUACUCCAAUACCUGAAAUAGGUACAUACUUUUGAUUUUCAAAUAAGAACCCCUUUCCGUUUUGAACACAGAUUUGAAUAGAGAAUAUUUGUCUAGAUAUUUUGAUAUGUAUAACACUAAUAUUAAAUUUACUGUUUAUGAGUUAAAAUAAUUUAAAAUUUAGACCAGAGAAGUAGGUUUUAAAAUAAAGCUUAAACGAUGCUAUAUAAUAAUUAGAAAAACAGAAAUCAAAUUUACAUAAAAUUCUCUGAAAUAAUUCUUGGUUCAUGAUAAAAAAAAAAAAAUCACCCUAUAUAAUAUAUAAUAUAACAAAACUAAAUUAUAUCAUUUGGCAAUAUGUCUUAACUAACGUCGCUCUGAAUCGUAUUUUCGUUACAACGGUAUAUCAUUGCUUACAGAUAUAGAUUAAAUCACUUUAUGUAUCCUACCUUCUCAACUUCCUUAUUACAACAAUGGCUGCACCAGAUCUCAGUAUCAGCUCUUUUUUUAAAUAUUAAAUUUCAAAUUUAUACCGUCCAGAUUUUCACGGAUUUCAAAAUGUUAUGUUCCAGAUUUGUACUGUCAGGAUUUGUACAGUUUAAGAUUUUACAUUCCAAGUUUUUUUUACGCGCUCCCAACUGCACUUCGUAUGUCACCUUCACUCUGCUAUUAUCACAAUAUCAUCUGCCAAUUUUAUCAUGAAAACAAUUUCUUUGUCAAUUUUUUAAUAUAGGUUGCUACAUGAAAAUCAAAAGUAGAUAGUCGUUUCAUUUCCAACAAUUAGGUUGACAAAAAAUAAUGUAAAUGUUAAAUUUUACAGUAGCUUGUUUCUUAAAUUUAAAAAAAAAAAAAUUUUAAAAAGUAAAUAGUUUCCGAGGUAUCGUGUGUACCCACAUUAGUAAAUCAGUCUGUAUACUUAUUAUACUCCUAUUAUCAACUAAUAAUUGAACAUUUUAGAUUCCGAGUGGAGCGAGGAAUGUAGUAUUGGUUUUACAAUGAUUUAAAUUUUUUUUUCUGAGAAGAACUUUAUUACUAGACAUUUUAAUCUGAUAUUUAAGGGUAAAACAUUUUCUGAAAAACAAUUUUCCUGAGGUGGUACUUUAGGGAAGUUAAUUUAUGAUUUUCUCAGGACUUUUGACAUGAUAAAUGGAAAAAAAUUAAGAAAAACGGGAAUAUUUACGAAAUAAUAUAUUAUUUUAAAAUCGUAAAUAUUAUUUUUAAUUUUGAAAAGCUCAUAACUUUCUAUACAUAAAUGUUCUACCCGUUCUUUGGAUUUUAUUGUUUUAUAAUUAAACUAAUACCUUAGUUGGCUAUAAUUUGGUUAUCAAUCUCUUAUGUUGUUGUUUUUAUAUUUUCGUCUUUCAUCUAAUUUUAUCUAAUUCCUUAUUUAUUAACACAUGCUUUUAUUAAGGCAUUCUUUUCAAUAAAUGUUAUUAACGAAGCAUCCAGAGGUUUUGUUUACUAAUUUUAUAGUCUCUCAAUUUUUAUUCAGAGAAUCACUUACGUUUUCCUUCUGGUAUUUAUGAUCACUGUAAAUUGCCUAUAUCUUCCUACUGCCCCUCUAAAACAGAGGUACAUUAUAAGCAGUAUCAGCCUUUUUAAAAUUAAUUCCAUAAUAAUAGAUGAUAAUUAUUAAAUUUAUUUUAUGUAGGAGUUUUAACUAUUGUAUUCACGACUUAAUAAUAUUAUAAUUAUUAUAAAUGACGUGCGUUGAUUAAUUUUCUAUUGAUAAUAGUUUUAACACUUGAAAAUACAGAGCCAUUAUCAAAAAAAAAAAAAAAAAAAACACGUGUAAUACGUGAUAAAUACGAUAUUAUCGAAAUGGAUUUACAAAUUAAAAUAUUUAAUAACUGUUACCAAUAUAAUAUUAUUGGUACUGUAGAUGUAAACACUAUAAAAAGAAAAAAAAUAAUAAUAGUGUUUUCAUAGUGUUUAUAAAUUUUACUCUAUGCACUCUUUUAAACUCAAAAUUCUCACCUUUCUCCACCAAAUAAUUAAUGCACAAAAAUCGAUGACCUUUUUUAUUUAUUUAUUUUUUUAGUUUAAUUGGAUAUAGGUGUAUAAAUAAUAUUAGAACGUUAUGUGUAGUGUUUGGAAACUUCAUGGAUAUUUCAUUUUAGAUUCUGAAUGUAAGGAAUGCAUUGUUUUACCAAGAUGUUUAUUUUUUUAUUUUUUUAUCCUAUGUACAAAAAUUCUACCAGAAAUCUUACUCAGAUAUAGUACUUAUGUAUAUUAUGUUUUAUAUAUUUUAUUGAAUAACAAAAUAUGUGUACACACAUAUAUAAAGGUAGAAAGGAAUUAAUAUUGACAUUGAUUGACAACAAAUAUUACGUUUUAAAAAAUUGUUUCAAUUUUUUAUAAAAUGAAAAGUUUCUAAAUUAUUUUGUAUAAGCAUAAUAUAUAAACCUAAUAUUGAUUAUAACACUGACGAUAAUGACGACUAUGAUGAUGGCAAUUAUUACAAAAUUAUAGUCAGAUUUCCAAAUGAUGAAAACAUUUAUCAAUACAAAAUAUUGCCAUAAAUAUUCCGCAUCAAUAUCGUCGUCGUAUUUAUAAAUAAUUUAUUUCGUUUUAAGUUGUGUAUACUCUGUAGUUAGCCAGCAACGAUAAUAAUGUUGAUGGAAAUAAUAUUAUAAAAUUGUGAGUUAUAGACUAUAGUACGGCUGACGCUUAUUAUAUUUUGUCAUAUAAUUUGUGUUGUUGAUUAUCGUAAUUUGUAACUCUAACGUCUUUGUGAUGGGCACAAAAAAAAUCGGUACGUUAUUUGAGUUAUAGACGAGCUGCAGUGGUUGCAGUUGAUGAUCGACAAAAUAAUAGUAAUGAUGAAAAUAGCGAAAAAACAUUUUUAAGUGCAUUGAUGAUAAAUUAGAACAAUAUGAUACAUUCCGAACUUGUAUUCUAGAUUUGGAAUAGAGCGAAGGAUAUUAGUUUUAUUAUAAUGUUUGCGUUUUUUUUUGUCUGAAAACAACUUUUCGGACAGGAAACUUGCUCCAAUUUAUCAAGUGUGCCACAUUUUCUGAUAGAAAAUCUUUUUAUCUAGUUUGUGUGUUAGAGAUAAUUUUUUAAUUUUCCAAGGGAGUUUUCAAAAAAAACUUGGACCUAAUCUAACUGGGAAUGGGUGGAAGUGGGUUAUAAGUUAGAUUACUAUUGUAGGUCAGUUUAGUUGGGAAGAUAGGAUACAUAAAGUUAUUUAAUUUAUGGUAGUAACCAACAAUAUACCAUUAAUGACGAGAAACGAUUCGGAGCGAAGUUCGGUUGUACAGGUAUUGAAAUAAUAAUAAUAAUUACGAUAUAAUUUAUUUGGGUGCUAAUAAUAAUAUUAUGUUUUGCCACAUGCGUUGUAAUUUGUAUUUUGUAGUUCCAAUAUUUCUUUAUUAUGUUACUAGCGGUAGAAUCCACCGUCUUAAAAUAUAAUAUGUAAUUUAUAAUAUAAUAAUCUAUAGUUCUGUCAGUGAAUUAUAACUGUUUUUUUCUAUUUUCGACGUUUAAUAAUAAUUAAAACUUCGUGGUCGUCGAAAUUCGGGUCACCGAGGCCCGGAAAGAAGGCCGACCGAAGCGUUGACUGUGGUUUUUAAGUGAAUCCAAAGGAGAGAAAGCUGUCGGAGCGUCUUGUCCUUAGCCAUGGCGUUCUGUAACUAAAGGUUACGCCAUGCCAGGCAUCUGUCUCAUGAGGGCGGCCAAGUCUGUAUUGCGGCGGUAACCUACGACUCGAUGAAUAAUAAACAAUGUAAUAAUACUAAAAUACUAAAAUGGGCCACCUCAAGUCGUACAAAAAUAAACGUGUCGAGAUCAGAAUACUAGAGUAGUAAAAGUAUAAUAUGGACUCGUAUGAGUGGUUAUUACUCAAUAUUCUAUGAUAUUGAUAUAUUAGUUAUUAUAUUAUAAAUUCAUCAUAGUAGCUAGUGAUCUGUCAGCUCCAUGGCGCGGCGCCUCUGUGUAGGUCACGGUGGAAUAAUACGUGUAGUAUAAUAUUAUUGUAUUAUUUGUUGUAAUUUCAUGUACCUAAUUGAUAUUUUAUUUUGUAUUAAAAUCCUCAAAAUUAAAUCGUUAUCUAUUGUAUGCUAUAUGUGAUCCCGUAAUGUAGUUAACAACAACGCUGUAGCUGUUCGAUAUUAUAACCGUAUAAAUACUUGAUAUUACGAAUGAAAUAAAUUUACAAUUAUAACAAAAUCAAAUAUAAUAAUUAUUGCACUAAGGCAAUUUAAAAAUGCACAGCAAUUACCAGCAUUUACUUAUACAUUCCUACGUUCUAAAUUACUAAUUCCAGACGUUGUAGAACAUUAUUUAACGAAUAACUUCUGCGUGUUCAUAUUGUUCAUUUGUCCAUUACCUUCCAUUAAAACAAUUUUAAGUUCAGAAUAAAUAAAUAAUUAUUUAUUGUUGCGUACAGAUAUAAAUAAAAUAACUUUUUUUCAAUAUAUAGCAUUAAAAUCCUGAUUUCGCCCAUGUCUUGCGGCAUAAAACUCCAAUCUGAAUAACAAUAAUACAAAUACUAAUAACGAAAUGCCCGUCAAACGUGUCUCGUAAGCACUCGUCUGUUCAUCAAUAAUGAUAAUAUCAUAUUAUACGUAUAAUUUAUACACAUAUAUACAUAUAUAAUAUGAUAAUAAUAUUAUAAUAUUAUAUGCUCAGGCAUAUCAUUAUAAUAAUAUUUAUGUGCUACGUCUAUCGCGGAAUUUUAAAUGAACAAAUUAAUUUUACAGUUUUUAAUAUACAUUUUUAAUAUAACGAUUGACGACAGCUUUCACCAAACGAUUAAGAAACAAUCGAGAAAAGCGUUGAACAUUUUCAAACAAAAUAUAAUAUUAGAUAAACUUAACUAUAGGGUCUUAUAAAUGUUUUAUAAUACAGACAAUUUUGUCGUGAAAUACAUAUUUUUAUCAAAAAGUGAACUAUGUGAACAUUUGUUAAGGUAAUAUUCUAAAAUAUUAAUUUUUUUUUUAUUUUUCCUUAUAAUAUAAGUAAAUCAAAUAUUGUUGUUUGAAAUUGACUAUAUUUUUAUGAGUAGGUAAGUUUGGUUAAAUAAAAUAAUUAAUUUUCGGUAAUUUGUAUUUAAACAAAAUGCAAAUGUGUUGCUAAAUAAAAAUAAUAAUAAUAUAUUAAUUUGUUGUACUUUAUAAGUCCCACGCUCUGGAUUGGUUUUCCUAACCUAACCUUAAACAAAAACGGUCCUUUUAUAUCUUAUCUUCUGCAGUUGAUUAUAUUAUAGCACCUAUUAGAUAAUACGAAAAAAAAAUCCCGCGGAAAACGGCCGUGCAAAAUCUCUCUAAAAUUUGUAUCAUGUUUAAAAUGCUCGAUAAUCUUAGUACUUAAUAUAUUAUAUAUUAUAUAUGGAUAAUAAUUUAUUUAUCAAAAUUGACGUAUUGCGAAAUGGCUUUUUAAAAUGCAUGUUUAGUAAGCUAUUUGUAAACUCCAACCUAGUCCCUUUUUACCUGCCGAAAAUAGAUGGUGUAAUCUCUUACACAUACAUUUUAACAGUUUAGAUUCUGAGUGUAGCGAGGAAUGUACAGUGAUGUUUAUUUGAGAAAAUUGCAUUUAAGCGAGAAAAAACGGUAAGAUUUUACGAUUUUACAAUUUCAUUAUUUUAAAUAUACACGCACGACGUUUUAUAUCAAAAAAUAAUUCUUUAAUGGAUAUGAGACUUUUUUUGUUACAUUUUGGAAAAAUAUUUGUAGACUUACAAAUGUAAGAUAUUAAAAUAUAAAAUACAAUUUAGUAAACAUAGUAAUAUAAGACAUCUUAUCGGAAAUUCUUGAACACUUCGUAAAACAAAAAAAUUGAAUAUCUGUAUUAUUUCUGACAGUGUUGUUUGUUAUUUUGCAUUGUGCACGUGUUUUUCGUUACCUAGUUUAUAUUAUUAUUUCAUUAUACUUAUUCAUUUACUUCAUUUACUUAUUUUAAUGACGUGAAUAAAAAUUGUAUUAUAAUAUUUUGUUUUUGAUUUUUGUAAUUUAUGAUUGAUUUUUCCUUAUUUUAAAAUACUUUAUUUUACUUUUUACAACUUAACAACCAUCUAGUGUAGGAGUUAACACCAUGUCAAUAUACUUUUGUAGAAGUUUACCAUCCCCCGUUUUUUUAAUUAUAUUAUUCGUUUCACAGUGUAAACCCGUUUCCGUACGACGAUGACAACGGUCACUGAUCUCGGUACAGUUAAAACUGGUCUGGGCGGUGGAUCGGUUUUACACUCCUCGACAAAUACGACAAAAAAAUAAAUAAAAGUAUAUGUUGUAUAGGUUGUAUAGGUUAUAAUACCAGAGAUGAACAAAAAAUCGCUGGUCUUAAAAAAAACUUUUAUUUCUGUUCAAUCCAAUAACAAAUGUAGAAACAAUAUACCUACUUAAUGUAAACAAAUACCUACACCUAUACUUAUAAACACGAUUAUCAUAGUUUAAAAAUCUUGGUGAAACCUGGGGGUGGUUGUGCUCUCAUAUUUCCUUGAACUUUGUAUCCAUAAUUAGCUUAGCUCGGUGGUUAUCGAUACUUUGGCAUGGUAUUCAGACUUAAAUAUUGUUAUUAUUUUUUUUUUUUUAUUGGAUUUUAAAUUUUGUUUUAACGAUAAUUUAUUUGAUGGCUAGCAAAGGGAGGAGAGGGAAAUUUGUUUUUUCUGAGAAUCUAAAAAAUAAAAUACUAUAUGAAAUUUAAAUAUGGACAUAUACGUGUACAGUAGAAUAAUAUACAUUCUAAUGAAAUGGUUUUUUGUUAAAAACCACAGAUAAUUGUUUUUUAUUUUGCACUCGAUUAUAUAUUAAUGUUUAGGUAUUAAUAUGUCGAUGUUCGUACAUGCUGUUCUUCCUGUUUUCACUUUUUUUUUCUUUUGCUCAAAUGUUAACGGUACCGUUUAAUUAUUAUGUUAGAUAUUAUUAUAUACAUCACCCAAUGUAUGCAUCAUGGUCGAUUUGUCAUGGUCGAUUUCACAAAUAAGUAAUUCGAAUUUGCUCAUAUAUUAUAGUAUAAAUUUCUCAUUACGUACUACAUACUCAUUACAUUGUAUAUUAUACUUGUAGGUAUUAUAAUAUUUCGUUUUCUUGAUAAUACAAAUAAUAUAUUCUAUUCAAAUUAUAAACACAAUUAUUAUUGUCUACGUGAAUCCUAUCUUACAGUUUUCUCGUCACUACGGUUACCUAUAAUACUACUUUUACACGGCUUAAAAGGAAUUUACUGCAUAUUAUAGCAGUUAGUUCUCGAAAUUUACUAUGCAGAUGUGUUAAAUGAUUUCAAUUCGAUCUUGAUAAUAUUGUGUAAAUCGAAAAAACUCAAAGUUGUCACUGAUACUGGUAUAGAAAAGGUCCACACAGUGUGUAGGGUACACAGCAGCUUGUUUUAAUCGGUCAUAGAUCGUUUUAUAUUUAAAUGAUAGUAGUUUUACUUCUUACUAUAAUACCGCGUGUGCUAUUUUUAACGUGUAUGUGUAUGAGUGUAAACACACAUUUUUAAUCAGGCAUUUUCCUCCGAAUUCAUCUAAGGGAGUAUUUUUCGGUAGCAAAUUUUGUCUAGCCUAUAUAUUAUAGUCUAGCCUAUUAUAUUUUACAUUCUAAUUCAGUAAAAAAAUUAUUUGAAGUUAUCAAACUUUUUACCAAAUAUAUAUUUCAUUUAUAUUGAAACGUCGUAGAAUUUCUUUUAAGCUAUUAAUAACAAUUUUAAAUUUUCGGCCGUGCAUACAGAUUGUCUAUUAUACGUACUCAUGAGCUCAACUUUUGACUCCGUCUAUGAAUUAUUUUUAAUAUUUAAUUGCAUGCGUGGGAGGCUUGUUAUUUUUACCUAUUUUACUUUACCCUCUCCCAUUGGCAAAAUUAUACAUGAUUUACAUUUCAACAUAGGCACUGUUUUUCUAUCUUUAUUUGAUAUAUAUCACUAUGAUUAUCAACAAGAGGUUAGCUUAUGUUAGGAUAGUAAAAAUGAAUUAAAGCAAUUCUCACCAAAAAAAGAAAAAGAAAUAUGGCCUUGACUUAAGAUCUUUCUGUUUAUUACUAAAUAUAUUCAAUUAUCAAUUAAUCAUUUGUGUCCGGUGUGACUGGUAGUGUUUCGUUUAAUGCGCUCUGCUAUCUUAUUUCGGUUUGUAAUAAAAAAUUAUUUAUAACUAAUAAUUAUUGUGGUAUACUGUACGAAUUAUCAUUUCAACGUUAAUAACUUAAUAAUGUUAUGCUCAGUGUGUAUGGAAGACGUGCUUGACGGCGAUGAAAUUAAAUGCACAAAGUAUAAGGUGUUUAUGUGAGCUUUAGAGAAAACUCCUUCAGAAAACUAUCUUCUAUAGUUAAAAGUAAAUUUUCUUGUUCCGAAUAUAAAACAAGUACUGUGGGAGUCGCAAAGCAAAAAUACGAAAAUUGAAAUAAUUGGAAUACCAGAAAGUAAAAACGAAAAUUGUAUAAAGAUAGUUGAAGAUGUUACAUCUAAAUUUGAUCAACAAAUUUCAGUAAUCGAAGCCUAUUGUGUGAAUUCAAAGUCUAAAAACAAAUAUUUCAAAAUUGUAGCUGAGAUGAGUUCUUCCGACCAAAAAAGUAAACUGAUGGAAUCCAUGAAAAAGAAAAAAAUCUUUUGGUUACUUUACUUCGCAGUUUAAUUUAUAGUUUUUACAAACUACGUUAUUUAAUUCCUGUUAAUCUAUUACGAACAAUAUACUUAGCCAUUUACCAAGCCAUAUUUCAAUAUGGUAUAUUAGUUUUAGAUGGUUUAACUGAUAAUGCUUUACAUUCCUCAAUUAUUCAACACAAUCGAAUUGUUAGAAUAUGUUUAAACAAAAUCACCUUGGAAGAUUCAUCCAAUAAAAAUUACAAAACGUUUACCAAACUAUUAUUUAAGAAAAUAGAUAUUAUGUGGAUAGUAAAAAAUUUUAAUCUAUGAGUGAAUGUAAUGGUAAUAGAAAAUAUUUUAGCGUAUAAUACGAAAGUAUCUUACUCUAAUAAGUCAUUCAGUAAAACAAAGCGGGUUAUCUAGGAUCGUGUUUUUAUAAUUCUAUGUCAAGUUAAAAACUAAUAUUUAUUUUAAUAAGAUCUAUAAUGUUAAAAGAGAUUCCCUUUAAAUAGUUGUUUUUAUCUAUUACUUAAAAAUGAAAUUCUGUGUUUUAGUAUAUUGUUAGACGUCUUGUAACAACAUAAAAUCUUUUAAAAUAUUUGUUUGUAUAGAUACUUUAGUUUAAGCAAAGAUAUAACAUAGUAAAUUUAAUAACUUAAUUAACUUUGUAAAUAUUAACUCUCUACCUUCGCCACAAGCCUAGCUUAUAGAAGGUAGAAAAAUUGUAUUUAUUUAUUUAUUGUGUAAUGUUUUUGAUUGUAAUUCUUAUAUUGUUUUGCGAUUAAAUAAAUGAAAUUUUGAAAUUUUGAAAUAUUUAUUUGUUCGUCAAAAAAAAAAAAGAAAAGAAAGUUAUGUUUGUUGGAUUUUGAUAGCACGAUUUCUGCUAAAAAUCCAAUACCUUCAUAGACUUCUAAAAUGUUUUCCUUAGUCCUCUGUCAAGUUUUGUCGACGUAUUGAACAACAAUCAUGUAAAAUAGUUGCAACCAAUAUUAACAAGUGUUAUAAUCUCUAGUGCGAGAUAUAAUAUGGUGAUUACAGGGAUAUUUUUUAAGUUUUUUAUGCACAGUCAACUUGAUGCACGUGUCGUUUUCAUUGUCAUCAUUAUUAUUUUUCAGGAUUAUGAUAUCGCAAAAUAACGAUUAAAUAAAUUAUCAUAAAUUACAAUACAUUUGUUAUGCAUUAUAUAAUAUUUGUUUGUUCAAAGCUCAAAUUAGAUAAAAAAAAAAAAACGAUUUUUAUUUUCAUAAUAAUAAUACUCGUAAUAAAAAAGCUGAAUAUAGAUAUAUUUCGCACGAUGGUCCACUGUUGUAGUUAAGAAGUUAGGAAGGUAGAUUAAAGAAGGAAAUUAAUGUAUAUCUGUACGUAACCAUUAAUCAUUGCAAACGAAAGACGAUUUUAAAUGGAGUUCGGCUAUACAUGUUUUAUAUAUUGAUAAUUUUGAUAUUAAAACAUUGUUAUAAAAAAAAAUUUACAUUACACACAAUCUUUUUCAUUUUUUGAAAACAAAAUAUAACUUCUAAUGUUUUUCCUGUUAAAUUUUCAAGCAUUUCUGUUUGAUCUAACAAUUUUAUCCACAGAGUACCUACUAAAUAAAAAUUACGUAAAAUUCGCAAAAUUAAAAUGUCUGUAAAUAGCUUAACAAUGGCUCAAAUGUAUUGAAAAUUUGACCACGUUUAGAAAAAGGAAAUAUAGGUUUUCUGUCCUAAUUUUUAGUCCAGUAGUUACGAACAUUUUUAACAGAAUUAUUACAAACAAAUUACCGUUUUUGUUUACUCAUUAAAUACAACAGAAAUACGCGUAAAUAAAAUAAUAAAAAAAGCUGAUACUGGGGAUGAGAGCAGCCACUGUUGUAGGAAAGAAGUUGGAAGGUAGGAUACAUAAGUUAAUUUCAUUUAUAUCUGUAAGCAACGAUGAACCAUUGCCUGACGAAAGACGAUUCCAAGCGCAGUUCGGUAAUACAUAAUUUGAAGUACUGUAAUUUAUUUUACGAUUUUCGUUUAGAUUUGAUUUUAAAACGCUUAUUAAAAAAAAAGAAAAUUCGCCCGAUAAUUUUGGAUAUUGACCAUGUCUAGGUAAGUCCACAGACUAGAAAAAAGAACAAAGAAAAUGAAAAAGAAAUGAACAGUAUUGUAAAACCGAUAGCAAAAUUGAAAAUUUUGCUGUUUCUCCUACUUUUUCCCCGUUUUUCUCCAAUUAUUAAGAAACCACUCGGGAAACCAAAAAUCCUUAAGUUGUAUCCUAGAAAAUUUACUUUCAGAAAAAGUGUUCCAUUUAAAAAUUGAAGCAAGAUUACUGAUAGAUAGAUUGUGCACAGAUUAAAAACAAAAAAUAAAUAAUUUAAUAUCAUUGUAAAACAAACACAUUCUUUGUUUCGUUCAAAAUCUAAAACAAAGUUGCGUUUUUUUUGAACUUGUGUAAUUAUCUAGACAACGAGACAUAAUCUUAAAAUGGAAAUUUUUACCUCUUUUCAAGUACAUAAGCACUUAAAAUAUUAAUAUGUACUCUUAACUCUUGCCUUCAUUUUUGUAAUUAAAAUACAUAAGUAUUAAUGUUUAAAAAAACAAAAAAAAAAAUAAAUUGUUUUGACAAUUUAAGAAACAAGCAUAUUAUUUAAAACGUUAGAGUAGUGAAUCAGUAUUCAAACGCCGCAUGCCGGGUCGCCAAAUACAAAUGAUACGCUACUACUUUCCCUCUAUUUAAACUUUAAUGUUGAAUAUUUCGUGAACGGGUUGAUGAAAAUCAAAACAUUUUAGUACCAAUUUUUAUUUGAACUAAUACACUAUCUACAUAUGGAACUUUAAAUAUAGAUUACCAUUUUAAAAUCAAAAUUUAUUAGGUAGCCAUUUCAAGCCCAAAUUUAAGAAUAACAAAAAAAACCUAUGAUGAUGUAACAUUUUAGAUCUGCUCUUUUCUCAAAUUGUUAAAACAUUAUUUUUUUUUUUUUUAAUAAAAAUCUAAACUUUCCGAAAUAAUGAAUGUCCAACGACAAAAGAAUCACAUUGUAUAAUGAUCUAUUAUAUUAUAUUGUCUGGUCAUAAUAUAUUUUGUAUUAAUCAUAACUUUUAUUUUUGUUGAUUUUUCUUAUUGUUUUACGCAUUUGGUCUUUGGUUUCAGGAAUCCAACAUGGUGGAAGAGGAGGACUAAUCUGGAACGUAAUCUGACCGUCAUAGCCGGUGGAAUGAUCUUGGCUUCACUGUUUUUGGCAAUGGCACUGUCCACAUUGUACUUCAACCACAGUUGUAACAUGGGUGAAUAAACAAUAACAAUAAUAACAUAACUUAAGCAAAUUAUACGUCAAAAAUAUUUACAAGUGUUAUGGUUCAAUAAUAGGUAUAUAAUUUAUGUAUUCGAAAUUCUGGUGUAUACCAAGCCAUUACCGGUAUUUUUGGUCACAGCCAGGUUAUAAUAGCGAGAAAUAUGCAACAUAUAUUUCAGAAGAACAAUUCGAAUAUAUCCACGGAUGUUUUUAUUUUUUACCUUUCACUACUUGCAUUUUUUGGUUUUAAUACAGUGUUCCCAAUUUUCAAUGAUUGAAAAACGACCUUCUAUGGCGUUAUUAUAGUGAUAAAUGAUAAAUUAUAAAAAGAAGCACUACAGUCAAAUUUGUCUGUCUCGGAAUCAUAAAUUUUUGCUCAGCUUAAAAUUUUAUAAAAUACAAAAAUCAAAUCAAUAAAGUAUUUGUAUAAAACAUUUAACUAGGUAUUUGAAAUUUUGAAUACUUACCUAUUUAAAAAUUUUUUUCAAAAAUGCUUUGUGUUUGAAAUUUAAUACUUCAAAUGAUAUUAAAUUAAAAAAAUAUAAAAAUAACUAUUAUACCAAAUAUACUUUUAAACAUUUACGAUACUAAAAGUUUGAUAGUAAAGUGCCUACUCGUACGUAUUGUAACUUCCUCAGUACAUUUUUAAUUAAUAUAAGUAUUCAAAAACUUUUAAAAAGUAUAAGUUUUUCAAGUCUUUGACUAAUAAAUUACGUCUUAGGAUAAUGGUAACGGAAGCAGCCACUGUUAUAAGUAAUUUAAUGUACACAUGUAAGCAACGUUAAACUAUUGCUAACGAAAAACGAUUCUGAGCGGAGUUCAGUUGAUAGUGAUGCUUUGUUAACAAUAUAUAUGUCAUAUUAGAGUAAAAUAAUUAAAUAGGCUUUAUAUAUUUUCUUUAAUACUAUUUGUUUAAUAUUGUACCGAUUUUUCUGGGUUUUCUACGUAUUCCUGGUUUUCCCAUGUUUUUUCUCGGUUUUUCACAUUUGCUAGGAAAACUACUAGAAAAAUCGAUCAGAAUUCUUUUAGAAAAGAUGCUACAAUUAAAAACCGGAGAAAUAGGUCUGGUAGAAAAGUUGCAUACAGAUUAAAAAAAAAAAAACCUUGUAUAACCAUAUGCUUCUUCCCUCCACUCAGAAUCUAAAACUUGUAGUAUUCUAUAUUUUCGUCAUACCCCAACCCCCUUUUCUUAUGGUGAAGUUAUUAAACAAGUUAACAAUUUUAUUAUAUACAUACAAUACUAACGCGAAUCUCCGGAAAGAGGUAGGAAACAAAAUAACUAUUAUUUGAACAAGGAGUAUACUAUUGUAUAGCAGUGCGAUUAUCGGACAGAGAGGGUCGAAAAUGAUCAAACUGGAUGGUGCAUGCGGGAGAUCACCGGGAAAAUACAUUUAUCUCAUUUAUUUGGAGGACAUUUUACAAAGAAAUGUUAUACAUACGACAUAUGUAUACUUACAUCGAAAGUUUUUGUGAAAACUAAUGGGAUCAAAAAAAAAUCGCCUAACAUUUCUGAGCUCUCGAGACGGGAUCACCUCUGGUGGCGGCCUUUGUCCGAAUUCUUUCGAUUUAGUUUUAUACUGUGCCAUCAUGGCCUUGAUUAAUUUUCAUUAAGAUUCGAUCGACAGACUAAAUAUUGUGGUUAGGUUAUAUGGGCACCCGCAGUAUUCGGGAUUACGAAUAUCGCUCUGUUAGUAUAUAAAUUCGUCGAGCAUAUUAUAUUUAUAUACAACUAAUAUGGCGGGUGUAAUUUUUAUUUGAGUUUGAGGGAGAUCGAAUUAUUAUUAGGUACACUACGGAAGAUUUUCGAAUAUUUUUGUUUACCAAACAAGACGCUAAACACACUAUCAUAAUUUGUUGUUUCCGUCUUACAUUCACCAAACCAUGACACCAAAAAUGUUUAUUUUCAAGUGAGAUACAAGGUAUGAAGUACAAAAAUAUUUAAAAAGACGUCCUAGGAUAAUGGGGAUCAGUACAGCCACAGUUAUGGAUAAUUUAAUGUACCUAUACCUGUAAGCAACAAUAAAUCAGUGCUUAUGAAAAAACGAUUCUGAGUGGAGUUCAGUUGAUAGUGAUGCUUUUUCGACAAUAUAAAUGUCAUAUUAUAGUAAAAUAAUUAAAUUGGCUUUAUAUAUUUUCACAUUUGCUGGGACAACUCUUAAAAGAAUCGAAAACUGACCUCUCUAAAGUAUCUUCCUAGUGAAAUUUCCUUUUAGAAACAUUGCUAUUAUUAUAAGUUAAAGCAAAAUGGCUGGUAGAAAAGUUGUGCAUAUAAAAAAAAUCCUAAGAUUUUAGGAAUAUCUUUCGUGGCUAUUCCGUUUUUAUUGAUUUUUGAAAUUUGAUGAGAAAAUUUCGUUAUAAUUCAACUCAGUAGGUAUAUACACAAUCUUAUACCUAUUCUACACUUUUUUUUUCUUACUAUGAAGUGUUUUUAUUUUUGUGUCUGAUGAUACUUUAGCAAAUAACUACACAAAUCGCCCCCAUCGCCCCUUCCUCAAGGCUCAAAUACGCCACUGCAAUGGAAUGUAAAUUUGCGGAAAGUAAAAUUACGAAACGUUAUAUCGCGGAACAUAAAAUUGAGGAAUGUAAAAACUUGGAUCGUAUUAUCGCAGAACGCAAUAUCCCGGACCGUAAUACCCCGGAACGUCAAGUGGUGGAAUAUAAAAUUUCGGACUGAAAUAUCCCGGACCAUGAAACCUCGGACUGCAAUAUGACAGAAAGUUAUAAUGAAACGUAAAAUACCAGAACGUAAUGUUACGGAAAAAUAAAAAUUGAUACCUAAACUAUUAAACGCUAAUAGCCACCAUCGCUAUUCUAAGUUAAUGACGGACAAUAGCCCAUCGUUAACAAUUCAAAUAUGAAUAAGUAACGGUUUUUCAACAAAGAGCCUGACCUGCUGUGCAGGCUGUCUUAAGAUGGAAGCCGUAUGUUCCUAAUUUAUUCUUGAACCGUCGGUCGAGUCUGUUACUGAAGCACCACCGCCGUUUGUUACCAUGUUAUUUGUUAGUUUUUACCCUUGAUUAUUACUUAAACAAAUUGCUUUCGCCAAAAAGGUUUUCUUAUGAAAAUAUUUUCAAGGACUUGUGCAAAAGAAUUAAAAAACUUUUAUCUACAGUGACAAACAACAUUUUACAUUUCCGAUUAUUGAUUUUGGUAUCACGUCUCAUGGAGAAUAUAAAGUUCCAAAUAGGUGGCUAUAAUACAUAUUGUGAAGUUUUUGUUAUAAAUCACGUUUUUACUAAUAAAAGUAAAUAAUAUUUUGAUCCUGAUUUUAUUUUUUUGGAUUUAAAUAAAUAUCUUUCGAAAAACACGGAGAACGUUCAGAAACAUAUGAAGAAAUUUAAAGCUUCCUACUGUAAUUUAAGAGAGGUUAAUCUACUAAAUGUAUUAAAAAAAUACAAUUUGCCAAUUUGACAAGUGUCACUUUCCAAACUACAAAUAAGGUGACGUAACAUUAUGUAAACUGCAGUAAAUGCAAAACAUCACAUUAAAAUAAUAACAGCUUCUAUUUUUUAACUAUCUACCUAUCUAUUUAUCUAUCCUUUUAACUAUCUAUAUUAUUACUAAACAAUUGAAAUGCAACUAUAAAAAGAAAAUUUGAAGAGUUAAAGAAUGCUGUGUAAACUUGCUUUUGGACUCGCUCAAUUAUAGCAGAGUCGGAGGCUGUGUGAGGAUCCCACAAAAACUGAACCAUACUCGAGCAGGGAACGGACUAAGAAACAAUAGAGAGUCUUCACCAGAGAGAUAAGCUUGAAGUCAGACGAUAUUCGCUUUACGAAUCUUAGAGUCUUGUAAGCCUUACAACUAAUUGAUUGGAUGUGAGAGUGAAAAUUAAGGUCAGAAGAGAAAAUAACUACCAGAUCUUUUUUACGACUAGUCUAUGAUAGAUUGAAAUUGUUAAUCGAGUAGGUGUGGUCAAUUAAAACACGAGAUCUGGUGAAGGACAUUGAUUGGCAUUUAUUAAAAUUGAAGUUAAGACCAAUAGAUUCAAAUAAAUUGACUAAUUAUAUUGUUAUUAAUCUCAAUGCAUUUUCUUAAGAAGGCGUUAUUCGUUUAUUAACUCCGUCUUACAAAUUUAUGACAUAACAAAUUCGCAUUCGUCAGGGAGAAUAUUGUUCUGUUAAAUAUUUGAAUAGUAGAAAAAAUAGAGUGGAUUAUUAUACAAUUAUUAUCAUUAUCAAACGUAAAGACAAGGAUAUUAUUUUAAUAAUGUAUUUUUUCGAUAUUUUAAUUUUCAAACAAUAUGAAUAGGUGUAUGCAAUAUUAUAAUCUAAUAAUGUUUACUGAAAAUGUUCGCUUGAAAAUUAUAAUGUCGAUAAAAUAGCACCAAUAUUAUAUAGAUCAUUAUAUUAUCUUUAAGUUUGAUGACAAGACAAUUCAUUAUAAUAUAAAGACGAAUAACACAAAGCAAGGGCGCCCAUUAGGGGGUACAAAGGGAUAACAUACCAUCCCCUAGAAAAAUUAUAUUGUGAUUUUUUUAGUUUUAAUAAUUUAAUUUUUCUAAUGAUAAUGACAAGAAGUAGGUACUAUGGGAGAAUAUAUAGGUUGGUUUGGUUAAGUAGGACUAUGUAUACUCAGUGUUCAUACAACACCAAUUGUGUUAAAAAAUUUAGCUUGCAAAAACGAAAUUAACAGUUGUUUUUUUAAAAUAUUAUUUUUGUUCACAUAUAAAAUUUAUGUUUGUUGUGUUAUUUAAUAAAAUCAAGUUUUUUGGUUCUUAGUUUUAAAUUUUUUUAUUUUACGAUUUUCACCCCCUUAGAUUUAGACAGAUUGGCGCGCUGGGCACAAAGUUGUCCUUUAAAAACAUUUAUUUGCUAUGUCAGAGCGCGUUCUUUUGAAUAUUUAACUAGGUAAUAAAUAGUGAUAAUGAAAGAUAUGUAUUCAGAAGAUCUACCUUUGGAAAUUCCUUGCAUGUCCAUGCCACGUGACAGAAUAUAUAAUAUAAUAGCUGCAGUUUGUCUGAAUGACUAUUGUUCAAUUAUAUGCACGUUAAAAACCGCAAGACAACGGAUAUUUUAUAAUAUGUAUCUGAUAGUUUAUUAUAAUAACAUUAGAACAGCUAUCUAAAAUGUAUUCCUUAAAAAUAAACCUAUUGAAGAAUGAAUUAGUUAGAUAAUUAUAUUAAUUUUAAAAAAAAUCUACUAGUUAUUAAAUUAACAUAGGUAGGCAUGAAAUAAAUAAAAUUAACUUAUCUUUCAAUUCUUGAGCAUUGUAAUUUAUUUACUGUACCUAGAUUGAAAAAAAGUGCCGAUGCAAGUUCAUUUUGGAUUAUCUCAGAUUCUGAAAAUACAGCAGAAAAUUGUAGCCAAUUUCUCGUUUAAGUAUUUUAAUACUAGCUUCGAGUCAUUCGAAUAUUGUACCGGUGUAACAGGCAAAUCUGAUGUCAGGCGAACGUGACUGCAGAGAAUCAGAUUUCCCCGACGUCACAUUUGCCUGGGGUAUAAUGUAUAUAUAUGUAUUAAAAAAAAAAUUAAAAAAAAAUAGUGGCCACCGGUACUUGGCUACCUAUAUUGCAAAGUAUGUCAAAUAUUCAUGUUAUAUGUAUAUGUUUAAGACGCAUAAUAUGUUUACCAUAUUUCCAUAUUUAAUAUUGCACGGUGUAUUUGACAUGAUUAAUUCCUGUACACGUGGAAAGUAAAAAUUAAUAAUUAUAAUAAUUGUUCGUAUUUCUUUAAUAUAUAUAUAUUAAAAUGCGUGUUGUACUUGAUCAGCAGCAGCAUUAUUAUUAUAAUAUUUUAUGGCUUUUGUUUUUUUUUUUAAAUUUUCACCGAAAAUAGUGACCUACGAUGUAUUGUAUUUGUGUCUUUCCAGUUACUUUUAAAUAUUUCUAGUGGAUAAUUCUGGACCAACUGAGCUUGAACAUGAGAGUUUAAGUAUUUUUGUUUGUAGAUUUAAGUAAUAAAAGUUGGAUUGAAUACGAACAUGUUAUAGCCAUUUGACAUUUUCUUGUUUUUAGUUUUUUUUUGUUUUAUGUGGCUCUAUGUUUUGACAGAGCAGAAAUGUUUGAAUAUUUUUCACGAUGUUUAUCCUGAGUUGGAUUUAUUGGACAAUAACUAAUUUGAGCGUAUCUUAAUGCAGUUGUUUUUUUAUUAUGCAGUAUUAUUUUAGAAUUUUGUUUAAAAUAGAGAUUAUACUCAUAUAUAUAUAACAGAUCUUUUUUUUUUUUUUUUUGAUGCUUUGGACAUUUAUAGCGGGGCUAAUUUGAUUUUAUAGUGAUAUAGUUCUGUUGUUCGGUUAAUUUUUCUGUAGUAUUUAAUGUUUACCUAUAUAACAUUUAUACCGAUAAGAAUCUUUUCAAUUAUUCAAAUUUAAAUACACGGAUGUCCGAUGCUGUUAUAAGUAAUAACUGUAUCUACAACAACGUUCAUAUUGCAUAUUAUUAUUCAAAUAAACAUAAUAUACAUUACACAUAUAUUAUAAUAUUGCAGAACGACUAAGUCCAACGGUACCGACCGAUCGACUGACCGCACGACAUACAUAUUUGCUCGUAAAUCGGACGAGUUAUCUUAAUUAUACAAACGGACACAGAAAGGAUAUUGGAAUGUUUCGUUUUAAAUAUAAUAUACGUGUAAUAUAACUUAUCUGAAUAAAAAAAAAAAAUAAUAAUAAUUGUUUCGACAAUUUAAUAAUGUAUAAUAAUUUGUAACAGUAAAACAUCUCAUCAAAACUUAUUAUAAUAUGGUCGUUGGUCAGUGUAUUAAAUUUCGUAAUCUUACAUGUGUGUAAAAACUCAUAUAAUACAUUUUAAUAUUAUUAAUACACUGUUUUAGCUGCACUCGAAUGUCGAGACGAAGACGACUGUGAUUCUUCAGAAUUUGACAUUUAUUCCUGUACGUAAUUUGAUAUCAGAAAUAAUAAAAUCCUGCAAGAUACACUCUGUAUAUACUAAGGCUGUAUUUGGUUUUCAGAACUUGUAGCCCUUAAAAUCGUUUAAAUAAGUGUUUUAAAGCCGUAGCUCGUCAUGAACCAUAAAAGCAGUUUUAAAAUUAUAAUAAUUAUAUUGUAAAAAAAAAGACGGAUAUACUUCGCACGUGGAUGGGCCACUAUUGUCGUUGAGUAGUUGGGAAGGUAGAGGAGAAAUUUAAUGUAUAUACAGAUAUACGAGAACAUUAACGACAAACCAUUUCUAACAAAAAACGAUUCUGAGCGAAGUUCGGUAAAUAGUGUUGCUUUACAAUAUAUAUGUCAUAUUAUUGUAAAAUAAUUAAAUAGGCAUUAUAUAUUUACUUCUAUUGUGAUACAAUCUGAGUAGUAUCAAUAUAUUAUUCCUACUUUUCCUCUUCAAACAUUGAUACUAUAUAUACAUGUGGCAUUUAAAACAUCACUAAAGGUUGCACACACUUCCCGAGAGGGAAAAAUGAGGAUAUUGGCAGCGAAAUGAAACUAGAAAAUCGUGUCUUCUUUCAAUUUCCAAUGAGCGAUGACGCGUAAACACACUAAACGCAUUAUGUAACAACAGUUAUUAUUAUUUGUUUUAUUCAAUGAAUUGUUUAUAGUUAGUCGUCUCGUGUAUUAAUGUGUGUGCAUUUAAAUUAGACAUAUAACGAUUUCCGCGAUAAUGCCGGAAAAUGGUUUUUAUUUCUCAUUUGUAGGUACCUAUAUUAUGAGAAUAGGUUUGUACAUUUAUCCAAUGCGCGUCAAGAUUAUUAUAAUAUAUUGUCUCCGACCGUUUGACUCAUGAAGAUGAAUUCCGUAAAAUACAUGAACCUUGAAUUCUUAACGAGUAUACAUAUGAAAAAAUAUUGCUAUAAUUUAAUUAUAAUAUUAUUAAUAUUUUUAUACGUUUUUAGUAUUUUACCUGUUCAUAUAUGUAUUAAAUACGUGUAUAUAAAUUAGCGAUCUAUGUAACGAUGUUACUAUAUUAUGUUAAUUCUAUGUUAACUUAAUUUGCCAAAUUGUAUCCAAGUCGUAUUCACUGGUUAUAAGUAGUUUAAUGUACACAUUUAAGCAACGAUAAACCAUUGCUAACAAAAACACGAUUCUGAACAGAGUUCAGUUGAGCGUGCUGCUUUGUCAACAAUAUAUAUGUCAUAUUAUGGUCAAAUUCUAAUUAUGCCAAUAUUUCAAAACGUUAUCUUGGGUAGAUUAGCCGUAAUAACAUUUGCCCUGGUUCUUUUUGAACAGACCUCGUACCUACAAUAUAAUAGUCAAUUACAUUUUAUUUUUAAUGGGUUUUAAUGAUGACGAUAAGGACAACGACGACAGCAUGACAUUAUCGAAUAAUAAUUAUUUAAAACCGCAUAUUAUAUAUGCGGGUAAAACAGGUGGUAUACUAAUAACAGCAGAAGAAAAGGUAAACAGAUGGAAGGAAUACUUAAAAGAAUUUUAUACAUGUCAAUUUAGUAGAAAUGUCUUGGAAGAAGAGAAAUGCGUAGAAGAGGAAAACAAAGGAGACUAUAUCCUUCAAUCAGAAAUUGAUUUUGCUAUAGAAAAUUUUGAAAAAACAAAACAUGUGGUAUAGAUGAAAUCCCAGCAGAAUUAAUAAAGUGUGCCGGAAAAGGAGUAAAUAAAAAACUUGGAAAUAUAUGCAACGAAAUGUACUUGAACGGGAAAAUAAUCAAUGAUUUCAGGAAAGGCAUUAUUGUAACAAUUCCCCAAAAAAGGGAUUGUGAGGAAUAUAGAACUUUAAACCUUAAUACGCAUUUUUCAAAAAUAAUAACAAGAGUAGAUGCAAACCUAGGUUAAGAUCAAUUUGGUUUCAGGCGAAAUAUAGGAACUAGAUAGGUGACCUUGGCGUUAAGAAUAAUGGUAGAAAAACAGAUUAGACGGAACAAAGAAACCUUCAUCGCUUUUUAGAUCUGGAGAAGGCAUUUGACAACGUACAAUGGAAGAAAUUGUUUAAAAUCUUAAAAAGAAUAGGAAUUAAAUGUAACGAUAGAAGAUUUAUCUAUAAUAUGUACAAAAGCCAAACGUCUUAAUACAGAUAGAUGGGAAAGAACGAGAAGCAAAAAUAAAAAAAAUAGUUAGACAGGGGUGUAUAUUGUGGCCAAUGCUUUUCAACUUGUAUAGAAACAAGAGACAAUGAAAUAAUUGAGAGCAGAAAUACAGAAAGGAGUGCGAAUAGGAGGAAAAAUGGUUACUGCCUUAAGAUUUGCGGAUGACAUCACUUUCUGCGUGGAAAAUGAAGAGUACCUACAAAAUACUCUAGUAAUAAUAGAUAAAAUACUAUAAAAUAAGUGGGAAAUGCAAUUGAACAAAAAGAAAAUGAAAAUUAUGGUAUGCAGUAAAGCUAAUCCGGUUCGACUCAACAUAAAUAUCGACAAUGAACAAAUAAAGCAAGUACAACAAUUCACAUACCUUGGAAGCAAUAUAACAGAGGAUGGCUGAAGCAAAACAAAUAUAAUCUGCAGGAAAAGUAUGGAAAAGUAUUCAAUCAAGAGGAGACAAAUUGAUAGAACACAUAUUAAAUCAUGAAAGUUAAUUAAAGAAAAUAAUUGAAGGAGAUGUUGAAGGACACAUUACAAGAGAAAGACCAAGAACAGAAUACACGACACAGAUAAUGCAGGAUACGAAUAAGGGAAAUUACAAAGACCUCAAAGAACUAUGCUAAGAUAGAGAAGCAUGGAGAGCUGCAAAAAACAAAUCUACGGAUUUAUAAGAAAAAAAAAUAUAUAUAUUAUAUAUCAGUAUAUAGUAUAUAUAAUGACAAUACGUCGUCGUCCGUUGUUCGCUGUCGUUUGUAGUAUAAUAAUGUAUACAAUUUAAUAAUAUAAAUAAAUAAAAGAAGUUGGAUUUCUUAAAAAUUUUGAAUAAGAUUUAAAAAAAAUGAACUUAAGUACCACUUAGAUAAAAUUUCUUUUUAGAAAAGGUACUAUACUUGAAAAAGGGAGUAACAUUUUUGGUAGAAAAGUUGUUCAUAGAAAAAAAUAAAAAUAAUAAACAUCAUUGUAAAACCGAUACAUUUUACGCUCUGCUCAGAAUUAUUACGGCAUUUUGGCUUAAAUAUAAAAUAAUUAUAAAAAUGAUAAAAUAAAAUAAUUAUAAAUAAUACAUGUAAUAACAAUAAAGUAGUCAUAAACGUUUUUUGGGGAUACACGUUAAAAUAUAAUAUUAUGUUUAUACUACCUACCAAAUUAUAAGUGUAUUGAUUCAGUUCACGUAGUACGUGUUCCGACACACAUCGCAAAAGUGAAAAUAUUCCUCGUGUGAGUUUGACUGUGUUACCUAUACGUGUUAUAAUAUUAUCAUUAAAAAAAAAAAAAACUGUUCGAUUAAAAAUAUCAUCUUUCAAAGAAGAGAGAGUCGGUUAGUGACCUUUUUUAAUUCUAUAUUCACAUCUGAUAGUCGAAUAACUGUAUACAUAUAGUUAAUGUAUAAUAAUUUUCAUAUAUCAUUAACUAUAAUUUAUUGAAUUUAUAUACAAUAAUAGAAAACCCGGGAAAAAAUUUAUUGGACAAACGUCAAAUGUUUACGGCGUAACAAAUUUUCUUAUUCUUAAUUUUUGCAAACUAUGUUUUUUAUUAUAAAUAUUCCUGUAAUAGAAAAACAUCAAAAGGCCUAUUUGUUGAAUUUCAAAUCUAGAUGCUUACAAAUGAAGUAGUUUUCUGGUAGUUUUUAUAAUUAUAAGGAAAAAAAAUAAAAAUUAUAAUAAAAAGAAUAAUAAUUGUUAAAUGAAAACUGUAAAAUUUAUAGCGUUACGAUAUCACUGUUUUGAAUUACAUACUUUGUUUUUUAUUAGAAAUACUGCUUUAAUAGAAAAACAACAAAAUACCUUUUUUAUUAAAUUUUUAAUUUAGUUUAUAAGAAAAAAAGUAGUUUUUUGAUAUUUCAUGUAGUUUUUUAAUAAUUUAGUAAAACCGAAAAAAAUGUAGAAAGAUUAAAAAAAUUUAAGAAAAGUUUUUUAUUAUAUUUAAUUUAAUUUUAGAUUCUGAGUGUGUUGAUUUUACAAAGAUUUUUAUUUUUUUUUAUAUACUAUGUAUAAAAAUUCUUGCUCCGAUGUAUACGAAGUAGACCUUUUUCUGAAAAGAAAUUUUCUUGGAGUGGUCCUUUAGGAAGGUUAUUUUUUGAUUUUCCCGGCAGUUUUCCCAAUAAAAGAGGAAAAGUAAGAAAAAACGUAAGAAAAACGAGAAAUUUAUGAAAAUAAUGCUUUUAUAAUUUGUUUAAUUUUGUUAUUCGUUGUAAUUCAGUUAAAAAUAUUUACAGAGACUUGAAAUUCGGACAGAAAACUUACAUGGUAAAUAAAUAUAUAAAUAAAAAAUGUAUGUAUAAAAAAAAAAAAAUGAUUAAAUGCAUUAUCUGGAGUAUUACGAAAAGUGUAUAAUACGACCGGUUUCAAAUUAAAAAUUCAUCAUCAGGUAUAUCACAGUUAAAAUGUAAAAUGCUACCAAAUAUGAAAAAUUAAACGAAGGAUUACUUAGAAAAAAAAAUAUACAAAUUGGUAAUUGUCGUUUUAAUCAAUGUAUUAUUUUGUAAAAAUAUUGUAAAUUUACCUAUUUAAUUAUUAAAAUUAUAAAUUUGUAUAUUAUGUUUACGAUUACGAUUGUCAUUUUUAUUUCAAUACCUACAGUUAUUUUUUGUCUAAUAUAAUAUUGGGUGCACAACACUUUUAAUGUGUUUUUAGUUGUCUCAUUUAUUUUGAAAUCCUAGGGGUCGCAAGUUCAAACCCGAGUUUUGAAAUAAAUCGUUUGCAUUUUUUUCCCCGUUUACCUAAACAAGAACUAUUUUUCGCUCGAACUAUUUUAAUUACAUUUAUUUGUGAUAUUAUUUCACAUAAUUUUCCAAAAUCUCGCUUCAAUAUAUCAAGUGUAGCCUAUUAUCUGAAAGAAAAUUUUGUCUACAUGGUAAUUUAGGGAGGUAAUUUUUUAAUAUUUAAAGAGAUUUUUAUAAUACUUGAGGAAAACCAAGAAAAAAUGUUGAAAAAAACGGAAAAUAGAAGAAAUUUAGUUAUUGGCGAAAAAAAAUAUUAUAACUCUUUUUUUUCUGUAUACAACUUUUACACCAGCAAUUUGCUCCGAUUAACAAUGAUGGCACUUAUUUUGAAAUAAAAUCUAACUAAAAAGGUAUUUUCAGUUAUAUUAAAGAGGUCAUUUUUCGAUUUUUUAAGAGUUUUCUUAGCUAAUGUGAAAAAUCUGGAAAAAAACAUGGGAAAAUUGGUACAAUAUAAUACAAAUAAUAUUAAGAUAAAUGUGUAAUAUGUAUUUAAUUAUUUUACCAUAAUAUGACAUAUAUAUUGUUGACAAAGCAUCGUUAUCAACUGAACUGCGUUUAGAAUCGUUUUUUUGCAUAAAAUUCCCUUCUGUAUCCUACCUUCCCAACUUCUCAUCUACAACCGUGGCUGCACCCUUGUGCGGAGUAUGACCCCCUUUUUUUGUUGUUAUUUAGUUGAAUAUUUUCGUAUAGAUUUGAAAUUUUGACAGUAAACUUAUACUUGCUUUUCUCUAAACGUUAGGUUAGUUGAGGCUUAAAUAAUUUGAUUUAUUCUUGAGCUAUUUAUAGACAUUUUAAUUUUGCGAGAUUUUUAUUUAGUAGGUAUUCUGUGGAUACAGUUGUGAAACUAAACCGAAAUGAUUGGAAUUUAACAGUGGAAUCAUUGUAAAUCGUUCUUAUUAGUAAAAAAAAAAUAAUAUUACAUUUUUUUUUUAUAGAAGUUAAUUUUAAAUUUUGAAAAAAAUCUUAAAUAUUAGAUAUAAUAUCUAUAAUAAAAUAAUUUCUUGUAAAUUGGAUACGUUUUACAGUUUGUUUAAGUCUUCGUUUUUUCUCCAUAUACUAGUAUUUAACUAUAAUCUGAAUUUCUCACGUUAUCACCAAUGUAUUUGAUACAAAAUCCAACAAAAUAAAUUACUUUUUUAAUAAUACUAUUUUUCUCGUUUUAUUAUUAUAUAAUGGAUUAUUAUUCAUAAAUUAUAUACCUGUUCGUAGAGAGUCUACCAUCAAUAUCAGCCGAAAACAACGGUCUGAUAGGCAAAGCCCGCGGAAGAAGUCUGUUUCAAACCAGAGAACAAGAAAAAGACAACGUCUGCCUUACUACCGGAUGCGUGAAAGCUGGUAAGGAAAUUGUUUGAAUACAGAACAUUUAAAACUAAAAUAAAAUUGAAUUAAAACUUCAUCUAUUUAUGGAAUUUAAAUGUAUGUUGCCGGAUGAAAAUUAAAAGUAGAUAGUGAUCUUACCCUGUAAAGGGUGACAAAAAAUAGAAAUUUAACAUUUUAAAACUUAUUUCUUAAAAUUACUAAAAAUCAAAUUCCGAAAAAAGUUAAUAUUUUCCGAGAUAAUUAGUAUUUUAUGUUAUGUUAAUCAUUCUGUAUAAUAAAAAGUAGUGAAAAUUUUGUUUUCAUUUACAGCGGCUGAAGUCAUCAAAAAUAUGGACCAAUCUGUGGACCCUUGUAAUGAUUUCUAUCAAUUUGCCUGCGGUAAUUUUAUUAAAGAAACCAUCAUUGACGAUGACAAAACUUCACAUACCACGUUCAGUGCGAUUAGUGAUUCACUUUUGAACAAGCUCAGACAGAUAGUAACCGAGCCUAUACAAACCAACGAACAAAAACCAUUUAAAAUGGCCAAGCUGUUGUACAAGUCUUGCAUGGACAAAGGUACGUGGAUAAAUUUCAAUGAGACAUCUAAGAAAUUAGAAAAAUCUAGAAAGCUGGAGAAACUAUGAUAUGCUCGUAUGAUACAUGAUAUCUGACUUUCGAGUAAAUUAAAGCAUGCUAUGAGAGCAUGUGAAUUAGAGGAAGAAACAGUGAUGAAUAUGGAGAUGUGGGGAGCUAGAAUGUGAUUGGAGUCGUAUCUGAUUGUAUAGGUUUGUAUACGAACUAUAUAAUCUUUUUUUUUACAGAAAAAAUCGAAAAAAAAGGAUUAGGACCUAUCAAGGAAAUGCUUAAGAAUCUCGGUGGAUGGCCAGUGCUGGAGGGUGACCGUUGGAACGAAGCGACGUUUACGUGGAAGGAUAGCGUAUACAAGUACAGAACUGCUGGUUACAGCGUCGAUUAUUUUAUCGAUUUUUCAAUUAGCACCGAUCUUAAAAACACCACGAUGCGGGCUAUCGACGUAUGUCACCACUGUAUAAUAAUAUCUUGUAUAAAUGUACCAUAAUAUAAUAUUUGUUCACGUUUAUUGUAGUUAGACCAGGCUUCACUGGGACUGAGCAGGGAAUACCUGGUUAAGGGUACCGACGAAAAGAUUGUAUCCGCGUACUACAGGUACAUGGUGGACAUAGCUGUGCUCUUCGGAGCUGACCGUCAGAGGGCCACUAAGGAACUCAGGGAGUCGCUCGAUUUUGAAAUCGGUUUAGCAAAAAUAUCCUUGCCUCUGGAAGACCGCCGUGAUGCGGCUAAACUGUACAAUCCGAUGAAGAUUGUCGACCUGCAACAAAAGUUCCCCAGCAUACCGUGGCUAGAGUACUUGAACAAAAUAUUAAGUCCAUUGUCCAUACGACACGAUGACAUUAUAAUUGUCAAUUCACCGAAAUAUCUGUCCGAUCUUGAAGCCAUUUUGAGCAACACGCCCAAAAGGUAGAUAUACUAAAAUCCUGAUAUAUUAUUAUAUGCUCUAAUAUAAUGUUCGUAUCCCGCAGGGUUCAGGCAAAUUAUGUGAUUUGGAGAGCAGCUGCGGCAUCCGUUAGCUAUCUGACUGAAGAAAUGCGAAAGAGGCAGUUGGAGUACAGUACCGAACUGUCUGGUAGGACCGAAAGGGAGCCGCGGUGGAAGGAAUGCGUGGACAUAAGUUCAGGAAGCUUUUCGUUGGCUAUCGGGUCGUUGUACGUACGAAGGUUUUUUGACGAGGACGCCAAAAAGAACGCGUUGGAAAUGGUAAAUGGCAUCCGGGAAGAGAUGUACAAGAUAUUGUCGUCAAUCGAUUGGAUGGACGAAGAAACAAGGUAAAUGCGUUUGUUUUAUAUAUAUAUCUAUAUUUUAUGCAUAUAAAUUUAAGUAUUCGAAAAUAUCGGCUUUAAUUACAAACAUUAGAAUUUGAAUGUAUGCAAAAUUUAACAAAAAAAUAUGGUGAGCACACUUAGUGUAUCAUAUAUAUAUUAUAUUUUUUUUGUUAAAUUUUGCUUACAUUCAAAUUCUAAUGUUUGUAAUUAAAGCCGACAUUUUCGAAUACUUAAAUUUUCCACAACAUUUAAGGAGUAUCCGGCGGUGAUACCAACUUUGGUUUUUCGAAAUCUAUAUUAAAAAUUCCAUAAAUAGACAGAAUAUUACAUUAAAUAAAUUUUGGUGUUAAAAUUGUUGAUUUCGGUCAGUCUAUUGACGAGAUAUUUCAGUUUUAAGUUUAGGUAGGAAGAAGUAGAUAGUAGAGUAUCAUUUAUGUGACAGUAUGUCGUGUGGCAUUUUAUUAGUGCUCCACUACUAUACCCCUACCUAAACUUAAAACUGAAACAUCUCUUCAACGGGCUGACAGAAAUCAACAAUUUUGACACCGAAAUGUAUUUAAUGUAAUAUUCUGUCUAUUUAUACAAAUUUUAAUUUAGGUUCUCAUUUGAAAAACCAAAAUUAGUAUCACUACAUGAUACCCCUUAAAUGUUAUCAAAAAUCGAAGUAUUCGAAAAUAUCAGCUUUAACUACAAUUAACAACUUGAAAAAUCAAAAUUUGAAUAUAUGCAAAAUAUAACCUAAAAAAUGGGGUGAGCACGCUUAGUGAAUCAUUCUGUAUGUAUAAAUUCAAGGCAAAUGUAAUAACAAAAUAAAUACGGUUCUAAUUGGAAUUACAGGAAAAACGCUAUAGACAAAGCAAAGUCGAUGACCACGCAUAUCGCAUACCCCGACGAACUUUUGGACGACAAAAAACUAAACGAAUUCUAUGCUGAUGUAAUUACACGAAGCACGCAAAUGCGUAUUACACUGUUGUAGUUACAGCAGUUACCUACAGUAUAAUAGACUCAUAAAAUAAAUUUGUUUUUCUAUUAGUUGGAAGUAAACGACGAGGACUAUUAUACAUCUGUAUUGAACUUGACCAAAUUCGGAACGGACUAUAGUUUCUCAAAAUUAAGGCAGCCCGUCAAUAAAUCGGAUUGGAUCACUCACAGCAGAACAGCGAUUGUAAACGCGUUUUACAGUGCCAUCGAAAACAGUAUUCGUAAGUGAAAUUCGACGAUUUUACAGUAUUAUUGAAUGCAAUAUCACAAUUAUAAUUUACCGUUACAAUAUUGUUAUAAUCAUUAAUAAUAAAAUAAGUUGAGUCUGUAUUUAACGGAUUGGUUGUUUUCCAGAAUUUCCCGCCGGUAUCUUGCAAGGAGCGUUCUUCUCGAGCGACCGUCCUCGGUACAUGAAUUACGGUGCCAUUGGUUUCGUGAUUGGUCACGAGAUCACCCACGGAUUUGACGACCAAGGUAGACAGUUCGACAAGGAAGGUAACUUAGUGGAUUGGUGGGCCGAAGAGACGAAGAAACGCUACUUAGAAAAGGCGUUGUGCAUCAUCAAUCAAUACGGAAAUUAUACGGCCCAAGAAGUCAGUCUCAAGGUGUGUGCGAAAAUAAAAAUUCUCAUAAGAUAAACUACGUUUAUGGCAAUUAAUCGCGCAAGGUUAUUAAUAUUAUUUUACCUGCGUUUCGUACAGAUUAGGUAUAUGUUUCUCUCCUCCAUCGAAAAAAUUUCCUACCUCUCUAUAAAUCCCGUGUGUUAUUAUACCUAUCAUUUCUUAAAUUCGAGAGGAAAUUGUAACUAUUUUCUUUUGUUUAAAAAAAAUAUUCCGAAAUGUCCGUAUUUAUACGUCGCACAUCGUAUCCCCGAAAAGUUAUCUAUUUUACGUUGUGAAAACCAUUUAAUUUUUCAAGUGAAAAACACAAAACUACAUAUAUUAUAUUAUUUAAAUAUUCAGCGUGUCCUUUUCGUACAAUAAAUUAUUGAAUUUUGUGAAAAAUUCGGAUAAAUCCCCUGGUACGAUUCUGAAUAUACUUCUAGUUAGUCUAAUCUUGCUGAAAGAGAGGGAGGUUAAGAUCAUCAUAGAAAGAAAUUACCGGGUGUAACAUUAUCCUAGGAUAAUUUUACUCCUUAGUAGAACUAUUUUUUUACACCGAUACAUCAUUAAGUUCCUUCGGAAAUACGUAACAAUACAAUAGCACAUUUUUACGAGGUUGUAUUUUUAUAAUAUCCACAUUUUGCGCAGCUGAACGGCGUUAACACUCAAGGCGAGAAUAUAGCGGACAACGGUGGCGUCAAAGAAUCAUACUACGCGUACAAUGUGUGGACGAAACGUCACGGGAUUGAACCCCGUCUUCCCGGACUUCAGGACUACACGCCGCAGCAAAUGUUCUGGAUCAGCGCUGCCAACGUAUGGUGCUCCAAGUAUCGACCCGAGACCCUUAAGAACCGCAUCACCACAGGCUUCCAUUCACCCGGCCGGUUCCGCAUUAUAGGCCCGUUCUCUAACCUGGAAGACUUUAGCAACGAUUUUAGGUGUCCGUUGGGCAGCAACAUGAACCCAGUUCAUAAAUGCCAAGUGUGGUGAUCCCGAAAGCCCCAAUUAUCAACCACCCCAGCCCUCUCCCCUCGGGUAUGGAUGCGGUCGUUUGCAACUCCAUCCGCCUGCAAAACGACUCUGUUCUACCCCGCGCAAGCAUUAUCUGUGGUAAUAUUUAUUUAUACUAUAUAUAUAUAUAAAAAAAAAAUCUUUUCGUGAUUAAGUAUUUUAUUAUUAUGUUUUUAAGACGCAUUGUAAUUUUUUCUUUUUUUAAACUUAUAAUAAAUAGAACAAAAACAUUUUAAUUUUAAUUUUUAAAAAAUCUAAGCAAAUGUUUUAUUUUUGUAACAAUAGGUACACUAAUUAUAACGUUAUACUUAUUCUAAAUAAUUUCAAAGGUAAAACCAAAAAAAGUGUACAUAUACUUAUUAUUAUAUAAACUUUGUGUGUGUGAUUUGUUAGUUUAACAUAAUAUUAUCUUUGGUAAACUUAUAUACAAUUAUUAUUAUACUUAUAUUAAUAUUUAAAAAAAAAUAAUAAUAAUAACUGUAUUAUCAUCUUUACAUACAAUAACUGAUAGUCUCGAUAGUAAUAAUAUAAUAUUAUUAACAUUUCAGUCUAUUUCCAUAACAUAUGUGGCCGGAAACACGCCAGUGGCUCCAUUCAGCUCUCCUAACCACCAGCCAUCCGAUUUUUUACUGUGCACAUGUAUUACAUCACCUAAAAUAUUUCAUAAAUAGCAUAAUAAUAUAGAUACACAAUGUAAAAACCAUAUAAGUACAGGGUUUUCGAAAUUUAAUAUUACAGUAAAAAUUAAGAAAUAUACAAUUUUUCAAAAAAUGCCCUAUGUGAAAUCCUUUUUAGUAUUAUUAUAAUUAGAGCUGUGAAUUUGUAAGAAAGUACAUUUUUUUUUUUUGAUGAUUGAGAAACGUAGCUUUGAAAGUACUUAAUUUUGAAAAAUUAACAACAAAUCCAUUUAUGAAACUUUUAUUUUGCAUUCUUUUGCAUUUGUUGACGUUUUUAAUUUUUUAGGUCAUUUUUGCUUUUUAGGUCAUAUUUUAUUUUUAGUUCAUUUUCCGGUACUUUUAAUCAAAUUCCGUCAGUUAUCAUCUUUGAAAACAUUUUUUUUUUUAACAAAAUAAAGAUGUAAAAACAAAUUUUAAAUAAGUGUUUCAGGCGAAUAGAAUUAAAGAAAAUA